UAUGACUGAUAAUGAUACUUCUCCAUGGAAGAGACCAAACGAUAUUUUAAAAGGGCGGAAAAAAAAGAAAAAGUUACCUGCUGUGAGAAGUUUGUCAGACGGAGAUUUUUCAACACAAGGUCCUGCUACUGUAAAUAGAAAACCAGGUGUCAAACGAAAAAACCCGUUUCUUUCACAACAAAGUUUAUCUAAAAGUCCCAGGAUUAACAUUAAAAGUGAAAACCCAGAUGAUAAUUCUGUAUUUUCGCGACUUCAGAAGCAGCCCAGUUUUAAUCAAUCUUUUAACAGCGAUGAAGUGCUCGCGGGUGACGAUUAUGAGAAACUAAUUAAUGAUUUUGAAGUACCGUCUUCAGAAAAUCUGAAUUCAAGUUCUAAACAAGUACCUGAGGAGAAACAGAACGAACAAUCCACAAUUUGGUCAACUGUUGAUUGGUCUUUGAAGACUAAAUUAAGAUUCUUAUCAAACGAACCGUUUGAUUGGUGCCAGCCUCUAAGGACUAGUGAGGAGGCAGAUUCUAUUUCGGAGUUUGUUGAGUUAAAAAAUCUCCUUCACAAUGAAGAAAAAACUCCUCACGUUCUAAAACGUAGAUUAAAAUCUGCGAAUAUGCUCUGGCAACAUCCGGUUUUUCCUUGGUUAAAACUCUUUCCAAGAUUAGAAAGUUCAUCCCCUAAAUCAAGCGCACGUUUACCAAAUCUACUUUCUGACGACGCCCAAAAAUUGAUUAUUGACUCUUGGAAAAAUAGUUUAACGAGUUUAUACACUAUGUUAAAGGCGGGAAAAUGUCCAUAUUUUUACCUAAAUGCUCCUUUUUUUACGGCUCUAUUUAAAAGCCCUAUGCUACAUCCUGAAGAGAUAAUGACUGUGGCAUUAACACCUACGUCGGUUGGAUUAAGAAAAGCCCUAUCAAGCGAAGGAAUUGAAUUUUCCAUGCCACUAAAUGAAUCUUCUGAAGAGAAAAAAGAAUGUGUGGUAAAUGACAAUAAAAGUGAAAGCUCUGAUGAAGACGAAGAUGAUAGUGAGGAUGAGAUAAUAAAAGAUAUGGUUGAAAAAACUCAAGUUGUCGGCUUUACAGCUGAUAGCAAAUGGAAAGAAAAUUUUCGGAAAGUAGAUGAUCGGCCAUCUUCGACUGUCCUAAUUAAAGAUUCCCAAGUGCACGCCUUUUACAACUUUAUUAUUAACAGGCGGGCGCUAAUUCCUCAAACAGGAAUUUACGCCGGUGUCCCUCCGACGCUCUUAUCGCCUGUUGUAUUUUGUGGUGCAACACUCGUUUCUUGCAAAUACCGUCAUGGAGUUAUGCAACAAGGGAGCAAUGGGAAAGAAAACUUCAAGUAUUGGAUGGACGUUGUUGGUCCCAUUCUGCCAAACAAUCAUUUGGCUUUACAUUUAAUUCUAUUAAAGAGUCAGGCCGCUUUACGAACUAACUGGACUACUUUAGAGAGUACAACAGCAUUUAAUGAUUUCGACAAGUGGACAUUUAAAGAAGACAAUCCCUUUCGACAGCUAUUUCAGUACUUAAACUAA